AUGCCGCUUGCAUUGGUGAUACAUGAAAAUAAGAAGCUUGUGAUUGAAGAACUUGAUCUUCCUAAAUAUGGACCCAAUGACCUUCUAAUAAAAGUAACACAUGUUGCACAGAAUCCGACAGAUUGGAAACAUGUUCAUUUUGGUUUUGCUAAACCUGGAUCUAUUGUUGGUUGUGAUUUUUCUGGUGAAGUCGUUGAAGUAGGAAAAGAAGCUACCGGUAAUUAUAAAAAAGGUGAACGUGUAGCUGGUUGUGUUCAUGGUGGUCUUGAUCGUGAAUUUGGUAUUCGUGGAGCUUAUUCAGAAUAUGUUGUUCAAGAAGCAUCACUUGUUUUUCGUUAUCCUUCUCGUAUUUCUCCUGAAUCGGCUGCCACAAUUCCACUUGCCACUAUUACAGCAGCUCUAGGUCUAUUUCAUGAAAUGGAUUUGCCUUUACCACCUGCUACAUGUGAAACACUUAUACUCGUUUGGGCAGGUAGUACAAGUGUUGGUCAAUAUGCUAUUCAAUUAGCUAAGGCAGCAGGUUGUUUUGUUAUUACUACGGCAUCAUCCAUUCGUCAUGAUUAUUUAAAAGAACUUGGUGCUGAUGUCUGUUUUGAUUACAAGGAUCGUGAUGUUGUCUCGAAAAUAAGACAAGUAACUAAAGAUAAUUUAUCAUACGCUUUUGAUUGUAUAUCAGAGAAAAAAUCAAUUGAAUAUGUAUGCGCAGUACUUAAAGGUAAUAAUUCACAAGUAGUCACUGUUUUACCAGGCAUCUCAAAUGAAAUACCAUCACAUAUCAAAGAACGUCAUAUUAUGAUGUAUACAAUAUUUGGACGUGAAAUAAAUACAUUUGGUCAACAUUAUGAUGUUAAACCACAACAUAAAGAAUUUGCCGAGAAAUUUUACAAACUACUUUCUGAUGUUUUGUUGCCUAAUGGUUUGAUCAAACCGAAUAAAGUGAAAAACAUGCCAGGUGGACUCAAUAGUGUUGAAGAUGGAUUCCAACUAAUGAUGAAUAAUAGAGUAUCAGCUGAAAAAUUAGUCUAUACAAUAGCCGAGACAACAAAUCAAUAG